GCAGGAGGCCGGGCCCCCGGCCGCUGGGACGCGCCACGGCUGCCGGUUUUACGCACACGGACGCGCGCUUCUGCUCCCUUUGCGGUUACAAAACACUCUGGCCGUCUGUCAGUGAAGUUUAAGCCGAUCUGCUGACCCGGAGCCUUUUCUCGACACAGACGGGCUUUUUUGUUUUUUUUGCUGAAGGAAUGCAUUCAUCUUAAAGUGUCUUCGCGUGAGCUUCUAGGCGUCCGACUUUGGGGAUUUUUUUUUUUUUUUGGCGUGCGCAUGAUGUACACGAUCACCAGAGGUCCCAGCAAGCUCGUCACACAGCGCCGGACAGGGCCCACUCAACAGCUGGACAGCAAAGCAAACGACUUCAAGCACAAGCAGACGUCCUGGAACAUGCCUGAUCUGUCUGCUCCCAAGAUCGUGUUCAACCGGCUGAAUGGGAAGAAGUACAGUCACCCCUCUCCCGCGCUCCCUGUAGACACUCAGCAAGAGGAGAGUUUCUCCCCUGCUCACGAGGAAAAUGUCAAGUUUGUCUCUGACGUCUGGCAGGAGGUUGGUCAGGACCUUGAAGUGUCCCAGAGAGCAGUUUACUACAAAGGGACCACUCCCAGUCCACACAUGGAGAACUUCGUGCCCAUAGAUCUGGACGAGUGGUGGGCCAAGCGCUUCCUGGCCAACAUAGACAAGCUGUCCUGACCCCGCGGGGAUCUGAAGACCUUGGCCCGUCCGGGGCUGAGAGCGGGAGAUGGCUCACUAGUGGAGAAAGGCUGUGGCUGCGGGUGCGAUGCCUCCAGGUUCCCUGAUGGUGUUCAGAUGGACUGAUGGCGCUGGGACGCUGAAGCCACUGAUGAUCCCUGAACUUGACCUCCGACCCUCAAACCGCACCUCAUCUGUGUCUGAAUCCUCAGACUGAAUACGGAACAGCGUUGUGAGCCUGAGGGUUCUGUUGUUUAGGACCUCGUGCUUUGGAAAGUUUGAAAAACACUAAAGUUGUAUUUUGAAAGAGUUCAGUGUUUAUGUCUUUAUUCAUUAGACAAAAUAAUGUUUUUUCCCUCUUAAAUAGUUUCUAAACUCGGCAUUUACCCUCUGAUGGCUUUAUUCAAACCACGUCUUAAUGAACGCUCAAGGCAGGACACUGUAGAGGUUUUUUUCAUUUAAAUCUAAAGCACCUGCACUCCACACUAACUCCAGGCAUCUUUUCACCCCAUUUCAGCAGGUUUUCUGAAAUAUUUGCAAAGGCCAGUUUCUAAGGACCGGUUUAAUAUCUUGUGUUCUUUGUGCUUUUUUUCUUCUUUGAGCUUUUACUUACAGCAAAUUUAUAUCCAGAGUAUUAAGUUAGAGGGCAUUG